AUGGGGAACAGUGCAGCAAGCAAUGCGGGGAAGACAAUUGCCAAGGGCAUGAAGCUCCCCAACGUGACCCUUGAUAAGGGUUUCCCGCCGAAGAAGAUCCCGCUCCAGGAAAUCAUCGGUGGCAAGAAGGUAGUGAUGCAGGUCCCUGGCUAUUUGGCCAAGCAAGCUGAGCUGAAGGCCAAGGGCGUCUCUGAUGUGAUUGUCUACUGCGUGAACGACUGUGCCGUGAUGGAUGCGUGGGCCAAAGACCAGAAAAUCGAUGGUUCGAUGUUGUCUUUCUAUGGUGACAGCGCCUCUCUGCUCACCAAAGAGAUUGGCCUUGAGCUCACACACCCGGGCCCCAUGUCCGCUCUGGGCAACCCCCGAUGCAAGAGGCACGCCAUGGUCGUGGACGACAUGGAGGUGAAGGAGUUGUUUGUCGCAGCCUCUGAGGAGGAUCCAGCCGGUGAUGCGAAACCGGACGACACUUUGGUCGACAACGUUCUCAAAAACCUGUAG